AUGUAUGAGCAGCCCAGGGGCCCCCCUGCACUGGGGGGCCCCUGGAACAGCAGCAACUCAUGGGAAGGCCGGCGGGUAUCAAGUUCAGGUGACAAAGCAGCAGCAGCAGCAGCAGCAGCAGCAGCAGCAGCAGCAGCAGAGAAUGCGCGGAGCUGGUCAGGCAGCUAUGCAGCUAGCCAAACAGCUAGCCAGGCAGCUAGCUACUCAGCUAGCUACAGCAGAGGACAAGACAGCAGCAAAGAUUCAGAUUCUGCUGCUGCAGCAUCCUACGGCGAGGGGCCUUCUGCUGCUGCUGCUGCCCAGAGGCGCCACCUGCAGCAGCAGCAGCUGCAGCAGCAGCUGCUGCAGCAGCAGCGGCUGCAGCAGCAGCAGCAGCAGCGACAAAGGCAGCAGCGCCACUGGCAGCAAGAGUCGCCACGGGAAAUGCUGAGAAGAAGGUCAAGUGCAACAUUAGAGCUCUUGCGGCAGCAGCAGCAGCAGCAGCAGCAGCAGCAGCAGCGGCAGCGGGAGCAGCAAAGAAGAGCCCGUCAGCAGCAGCAGCUGCAGCAGCAGCAGCAGUACAGUGACAGUGGGAGCUCUUCAUACUUCAGAAGAGAAGAAGCAGCAGCAGCAGCAGCAGCAGCAGCAGCAGCAGCAAAUGCAGCAGCAGCAGCAAGACACGCACAAAAGACAGCAGCUCUCAACAACAGUUUUGCUGAAGUCCAGCGGACGCUGCAGCGCGCCAUUCAGAAGAGGACUGGGCUGCAGCAGCAGCAGCAGCAGCAGCAGCAGCAGCAGCAGCAAGAGCAGCAGCAGCAGCAGCAGCUGCUUUUCCCCAGCCGCAGCGAAGCAGACGCGAGGCAUGACGAGGUGUACAGACAGCUGCUCACCAACGGAGCGAAACAAGCAGCAGCAGAUGCUGCUGCUGCACGGCAAUCAGGACAGCAGCAGCAGCAGCAGCAGCAGCAGCAGCAGCAGCAGCAGCAGCAGCAGCAGCAGUCUUUCGUAAUUGAGGGAACAUUCACUGCCAGCUGCACAGCUUCUCCUGCAGGAAGUCCGCCCCACACUCCGGUGCCUGCGAGCAGAGGGACCCCAGCAGCAGCAGCAGCAGCAGCAGCAGCAAGUGCAGCAGCAACGGCAGCAGCGGCGGCUUCUGCUGCAGCAGCAGCGCAGCAGCAGCAACAGCAGCAGCCGCAGCAGCAGCAUGCGAAAGACGCUGCGAAGCUGCCUCCUAGAAAGCCUGAAGCAGCAGAUGCUAGCGCAUGCGCUGCGACGCAGCAGCAGCAGCUGCAGCUGCGGCUGCAGCAAGAGGAGCAGCAGCAGCAGCAGCAACAACAGCAGCUGCUGCUGCUGCAGCAGCAGCAGAUUGUGGAGGCUGUGCAGACACCCCUGUCAGCUAGUUCUAAUACUUUGGCGAACGAAAUGCUGCGGCGCCAGCAGCUGCAGCAAGAGCAGCAGCAGGUUUUGCAGCAGCAGCAGCAGCAGCAACUGCUGCUGCAGCAGCAGCAGAGACUGCAGGAGCAACAAAAGCAGCAGCAGCAACAAUAUCUGCUGCAGCUGCAGCAGCAAAGACAAAUGGCAGCAGCAGCUGCCUCUAGGCCUCCAGGCCCAGCCAGCCUUGUUCUUUCUGAACGCCGGCCACCCCUGCGGCAGCAGCAGCAGCAACAGCAGCAGCUGCAGCAGCAGCAGCAGCAGCAGCAGCACCUACAGCUGCAGCUGCAGCAGCAGCAGCAACAGCGAUACUUUCAGCAGCAGCAACAGCAUCAGCAGUCUAUCCCGCAGAUCUGCGCUUCUUCUUGCUGCCAGCUCCAGGAUCAGGAGCAGCAGCAGCAGCAGCAGGAGCAGCAGCAGCUGCAGCAGAAGCAGCAGAACUCAUGGCAGCAGCCGCUCAAGCCUAAUGAAGCAGCAGCAGCAGCUGGAGCUGCUGCUGCCAUGCCAGUCUUCCGCCAGUACAGUGGGAGCGCCCUGUUGCAGCAGCAGCAGCAGCAGCAGCAGCCGCAGCAGCCGCAGCAGCCUCAGCUGCAGCAGCAGCAGUUACUGCCGCAGCAGCAGCUGCUGCUGCAGCAGCAGCAGCUGCAGCAGCAGCAGCAGGGGCCCUUUACAAGUUCCGGCUCCCUUCCGCUUGCGCGCAGCAGUGGCAUCAUCGCUGCCCCGCCCAACCCCCCCAGCAACAAUAGCAGCAGCAGCAGCAGCAGCAGCAGCAGCAGCAGCAGCAGCAGCAGCAGGGGGUUUGACGCGCAGGCCUAUUUGCUGCGAGUCUAUCUCUUAGACAGCAGCCACAGACUUGAAAUAAUUCGAAGAGGAAUUCAGGCGGAGCUGCUGAGAGACGCCUUCAGCUUCUGGGUGCUGCAAACCAAGUAG